UCCUAUGUUGGCGGUUUGGCUUGAAGGCGGGUGGAUUCCGGACACUCCCUAAAAUUUCCUCCCCGCAGUCACAGUGUCGCGGUUCGCUCGAGGCGGGAGUCGCGUCGCGCUGCCCGCUAAAAACUUUCCACCUUACGUACGCUUAUAAACUUUCGACUGUGAAUGACUCGUGUUUAUAUAGAACCUGUUUUGAUAAUGAAAGAUGCAUCACGCAUUCGCGCAUUUAAAAGAGACUGCAAACUGAUAAAAUCAACACAAAUUCAAUGACCGCUGGUUGAAAAAGAGAGAAUACAGAGUAGCAUAAAAUAAUUUUUGAGAUAAAAUUCAGCAAAAGGUUGACUGACUGACAAUCACAGAAAAGUGAGGAUUCUGCAGCGGCGGUCGCGUAGGCGGCGCCGCGUGGUGCUGUUGUGGCUCGCUGGCGCCACUUGUGGCUUUUGGCGGGCCUGGGUGCUGCGGGAGCUCAGAAGAGCCCCCUAGGCUGGGCCAUGGGAAGCUCACAGAGACUGGCUGCCGUAGCAGCCGUCUCACAUGCGAAGCACUACUAUAACCAUACACAAAUACAUUCGCAGCAAGCGGAAUCUUCACAAUUCACUCUUAAUGUAUUUUUUGUAAGUGCAACACUAUGCGGGGUGCUGGUGGCUGUGUGUGCGGCCUGCUGGAAACGAUCGCCGUCUUCAGACAAACCCGAAGACGUGGUCGAGUGUCACGGGAUAUAUACAGUUAGUGGCGAUACUAGGCUGAGUCAGGUUCAAAUUGAUGUACCAGGACCUCCACCGGCAUAUGAGACUCUGGCAGAAGGACAAUCUCAUCACAAGGACUGCGCUCACAUCUUGCAGGAGACGGUUACAGAGCCGUGUCCGCGUUGCCAAUCGAGCCACGGGGACGCCGAGCUCCCGUCAUACGAAGCAGCGUUAAUGCUCCGCGACACCAAAAUAUAAGGCCUUAUGUUCUAUUAACUAGAGUUUAGUUUUGAUGUUAUAGUAUUGUUUUAUCACUGUCUGUGUUUCUCUAAGUGGAAAUUUCUUCAAAAUGUAGCGCUGUUUCAAAAUGGCGCGGGUCGAAAAGUAGAAGCAUUAGACAUUACUUAAGCUCGCAAGUACUAAAUGCACCUGCAAAGCAGAAAUCUUAAUAAUUGUAUAAUUUAAGGUUGAUGUUUUGCAAUAUAUGUUAUAAUUAGGUUUUCUUUCUAUUUCAAACUUUGCUGGGUAAAUUCAAAUGUUGUACAUUAAAAUAAUAAAAUUAUAGAAAUAACAAAUUAAUUUAAUUAUUGGUAGGAGGGCAUGUUGCAAGUCCGCACGAUAAAAUUAUACAUUCCAGUUUGGAUAGUUGUCAAACUGUCGUAUAUCAAUAGUAGUGACGUGUGUUGGCUCUCGGAAACCGCUUAAAAUUAGAUAGGAUGUCUGCUUUACAUAGUGCCUAACUUAGCCAAUUAAUAGUAAAAAAUAAUAUAUUUAAUAGGAAUUAAAACAAUUUAAUCAUUGUGAUGUAAAAAUCAAAUAUAACAUAAAUUAAACUAGUAUUGUCAAUUGCGCGAAGAUUUGAUGCAAUUAUUAAAGUCAUUUUAACAAUUAAUUUUAGUCGCGUUCCAUUGAUUGUUUUCGUCAUACUCACGUCAAGAGAACAGAAUAUGUAAAUCUAAAAUGGACGAAACCGAUUGUUUUAAUGAGCAUUACCAAUAUCGUCACAAUAAGUUGUGAACAAUUAAAAAAAAUUGCUAACACUAAACUGCAAUUAAUUACAUGCGUAUACGUAAUUACGUAUAUAAUGCGUUAUAUGCUAUUAAUGAGGCAGUAAAAAUACUUGGAACUUGAAUUUGUAUAUUAGAACUUUAAGUUGGGAAUACGCGAGCGAAUUAAUCUCGCGAGAUAGCAUAUAAACAAUAAUGUGACUGCCUACCUCCCUUAAUAAAUAAAAAGAAUGUAUUUAAAACUAAAAACAACACGCUGUAUUAACAUAUCGUACUAAAAAUUGUAUUUUGUCCCACUGGUCAUCAACAUGUUAGGAGAAAUUAAUAAAUUGGUUGUAUUAUCAUCGGUCCUUGUUAAAUCUUGAAUAUUGGCAAAGAUUACGUUGAAAGUACUGUUUUAUUGACAGAACAGGUCAAGCUAAUAACAGCGUGUUAAAAAUUGUAUAGCCUAGCUCGCGCAAACCUGCACAAAUAUUUUUGACAUAAACAGAAAUCUGUUUCCGCAUUCAUUCUACCACUACACGUAUACACAUUUCUACUUAAAGCAAUUCCAUCAACACAUCUUUGGUCUUCAAAUGCGAUCAUUUUCCCACAGACAGUAAACAUGAUAAAGUAUCCCCUCUAUAAUUUCAAUUUCUAAGUUUCCAACCUCCAUCUAACAUACAUCAUGAGACGUCAGUGGUUGACAGCUCAGGGUUGAGCACGCGACCGGCAUGCAUUGAACCACGAGUAUGAGUUAUGACCAGGGCACGUGACCCGGUCACUGUGUGCGAGAUGAAUCGACUAUAAGAAUGGGCAAGUAUGACAUAAAUGUAAUUAGAAAUGUUUAGAUUCAAUUGUAUUUAAGUAAUAUUUAUGAAUAUGUAUAUAUUAUUUGAAUUAAGCGAAAUGCAUAAGGUAUGCUCACCUUAUAAUGAGUUAGAAUUUUAAAUAUUCAUAAGAAGUAGUUAACUGUAUUUAUUUAUUUAGGUCAAGUUUGAUCAACAGCUGAUGUCCUGGUAAAGCUGGAAAGACCUUUCUUCGGGCCACAAUCCUUCAUUUAAAAAAAGGCAAUAGCUGAUAAUAUCUUCGGUAUAGACACAUUUUGAAAUUGUUCUACAUAAUAUGGGUUCUAAUAUUGUACUAUAUUUAUUUUGAUGCGACGCCCAAACAAUUGAAUUACAUUCGAAGGGACAUCUUAACCAGGGCAAAUCCUAACGAAGAAUACACAUACACGUCAAAAUUGAAAAUAAUUUUGUGACACGUGUAUGGUUAUUUUCAAAACUGAUGUGCAAUUUUGAGAAAUCGUCGAUAUUUGAAAAAAAACAUUAGUUCUACAGUUUUUAGUCUAGCAAGACCAUUGAUGUUCAAGAUAUCUCAAGAUUGCAACACUGAACGUAAAUGUCACGUAAUUUUGACAAUAAAUUGUUUGGAGUGUAAACCUAAUAGUAAAUUUGAUUUCGAUGCUUAUUAAUUUGAAAUUUAAAACAAAACAAAAAAGAAUCUUAAUUCGUACGUGUCUAAAUAAAAAUCGAAAAACACGGAAAAAAAAACAACAAGAUACGAAAAGUUUGCCAUACAAUAAAUAAGCUAUAAUAUGUAUAAUUUAAUUAGACUUUUUAUUCAUUAGCAACAAAAAAAUUUAUAGGUAAAUAAUAUUCAAUUGAGACACAUGUUAAUAUCAGUUUUGUUUAACACUAUGCCGUCUUCAUCUAUCAAUACCAUCAUAUAACCAAACAUACAUACAAAUUCUAUUAUAUUUUGCUAACCAAGAUUGGUUCAUUAUAUAAUUAUUUUACUUUUUAUGUACUCGUUAUCUUUUAUACACUACACUAUCCAGCAACGAAUACCAACAAAUAUUGUAGUACAAUUAUGAUUUAUACAUAUACAGUCAAACCUGGGUAAGUGAGAACUGGAUAAGUGAGAAAACUCUAUAAGUGAGAGUAAUAGCCAGGACCCGUCAUUUUUAGCUCCUAAAACCUCUAUUAGCGAGAAACGGAAACCUCUAUAAGAGAGAGUAUUUUUUCCCUCAUGAACCUCCGUAAGUGAGACUGCUACUAUUUUAUACCUCUAUAAGCGACAGUCGAGCUUUAUUUAUUUAUAUUAUUUAGGAGGAACAAAUGACAAAACAAAUUACAAAUUUAAAAUCUGCUAUUUUAUGACCCAUUCUUAAUUUUCGUGGAACUUCUUAACAUUGUUUUUGUAUUGUUUUCUCGUCAAUAUUGAACCUAUUCUAUUUCGUGGAACUAAAUAACGUUAUUAUUUUAUGGCAUUCUUUUCGAAUGGACACGUGUGCCUGUGUACCAUCUUGUUUGUCAGACUUACUCAGUUUAUCGUUAAUCAAUUGCUGUCAUUAAGUGAUAAACUUAAAAUAGUGAAUUCGUUUGAAUCCGUAAAAUCUCUAAAUGAAAUUCAGAGGGAGCAUUAGAGAGAAACUCGGGUUAGUGAGAAACCUCUAUAAGCGAGAAUGAGAUUGUGCUCCCUUGAAUUCUCGUUUAUCCAGGUUUGACUGUAUGUCAUAAUAAAAAUAGCGUUUCCAAAUCAUUCAUCCGAUUGUGAUGAAACUUGGUGCAGUUGUCGUUGGAGCUUCAGGGAAGAUUCAGUCAUAGUACCAUCAAAGUACGAUAGGAAGGGCGAGUGCCGUUUAAAAAAAAAAACAGGUUAUUCAUACAAUUAUUAAUAGUCGCAAGGGAGCGUGACCGGAUUUCGCUAGUAGAUAAUAUAUUAUGUAACAUAUUGUUUAUAUAUAAUAACGCUGCAUGUUUCACAAAUAAUUAAGUUAGUAAUCGUUGGCGGAAAAAACCAAACAUGACGAAUAAUAUGCAUCGCGUGUGAUUAUAACUAUAAGUGAGAUUGUAUAUAUUUUGCACUCAUAAUUACAGAGAAGCUUGUUUAUUAGGGUUAUUUAAUUUAAUACUCUUGUACUGUGUGAUUGUGAACAGCAAUGAGCCAUUUUAGUAAUACAUAAUACUUUAAAAUGCCUUUUAAAUGUCGCGGUGGGGAUAAUUUUUUAAUACUGAAAAAGGACGCAGAGAAUAAUCAGUGACGUCACUGCGUUGUUGGUCUGUGCGUAAGAGAAAGAUAGCUGUUACAUUUCACAAUUGAAGAUAUGGGUGGAUGAAGGGGAUAUGAUACAAUCUGUUAAUUUUGAGAAAACGAGCAUCAAACUUUUGUUACUUGUACUUUUUCGUAAAUAGUUCCUUCAUCACAUGCAAUUUCUAAAUUAGCCUAAUAAUAAUAGCCUUUAAGCCUGGAGUUUUAAGGUCUAAUAUGGCUUAUAAGCACAUAACGCCUUCAUUCAAUGUAAAAACUAAAAAAUCUUAAAAAUUAUACUUAACCCCUUGAUCUACUCAUGUCUUCAAUUAUAAUUAUGCUAUAUUUAUAUUAUUAAAAAAAGGGUUUUUCUUUAACAAUUUUGUACGCAAUCCAACACAGGAAAUAUCCCUAUUGCUAUAGGUAUCUGUUUGAACUUACAAUCGCAUAAGUUACAAGAUCAUUUGCUUUUGUUGGCAAUAGAAAAAUAAAUUUUACGUUCUGCAAAUUUAUUUUUGUGCUUUUGUUAGUACAGCACAUAAAUAUUAAAUGUGAACUCUUAUGAAUAGUUUAAGAAUAAAAUG